UAUUUCACAAAUGCUUUCAAGUCCACUAUGAGACUGUAACCUUUUUUUUCCUUUUUCUUUUGUCUUUUUGGCGGGUAAAUCCCCUUUUUAGCCCUAAAAUUUACAUCCCCAAAGCCCAACUUUCCCGCUUUUUUACACCCUAAAUCCAAACAAAUUUAGGGUUUUGGUUUUGGGUCGUGUCCAUCUGGUAGGGACAACGCAAAAAGGCAUUUCUUUUUCAGGUCUUCUUUUCUUUUUUGGUUUAAUAAAGGUUGUGGCUUUGCACAGUCACUGUGGUCUUUCUGGGGGGUUUUAGGCAGAAAAUGUGCUUUAAUGGCAUGAAAAUUUCUGGGUCCCUUUCAUUUAUUGCAGCUUAUUUGCUAAUUUGGAGACCCGUUUUUUGUUUUGUUGGGGGUUUGUUGUAACUGAGUGUUCUGAGCUGAAGGGGCGCUUGUGUUCAUGUGCAAAGCCAUCUUAUAUCUGUUUUGUUGGUAGAAUGCUUAAAUCGUUGAGAGGGACAGUUUAUGCUGAGCCACAUUGUUCAGAAAAAGGGGAGUGGUUCUGGGCAAGCAAAUGCUGAAACUACCAUGCCUACUCUAUUUGUGUUGUUCUCUUGUUGUCCACUCAUCUAAUGUUUUGGCUCUGUUUGUGGUUCUGUCACUGGUUCUUGAUGUAGAGGAAUCAAUCUCCUGAAGCAUUUGCCUCCAACAAAGAUCUGGUUUGUUUUUUCUUUUAAUCUUUUAGGGUUUUGAUAUCUUUGAGUAUCAGAGAAAUGUACUGAGCAUAUGAAAACAUUUGGAGCGUUUGGGUCAGUGUGUGCUGUUUGUGCUUUGCAUAGUGGUGAUUUUUCAUGAUAUUGAUGUUGGGUUUUUAUCUUGUUUCGCCAUGAAUGGUCUGGUUUGGAUUUGCUGAUUGAAAACCCAGCAACCCUUUAGUUGGGUUUGCAUGAAUUUUCAGAUUGCAAAGAUUGAAAGCCACAUUCUGUUUACUGCAUUGAGCUUUGCUAUCUCACUUCACUGAGCCCAUUAGGGUUAAUGAUGAAGCUCUGUAAACUUUUGUUGGUGUCCCUACUGUUUGUAUCUGCAAUGGGGCAGCUUCCAUCACAGGACAUUUUGGCACUGCUCGAGUUCAAGAAGGGAAUCAAGCAUGAUCCAACUGGUUAUGUGCUUAAUUCAUGGAAUGAGGAGUCCAUAGACUUCAAUGGGUGCCCUUCCUCUUGGAAUGGCGUUGUUUGUAAUGGUGUCAAUGUUGCUGGGGUGGUUCUUGAUCACCAGGGUCUUUCUGCUGAUGUUGAUUUGAGUGUAUUUUCGAAUCUCACAAUGCUGGUGAAACUCUCAAUGUCAGGAAACUCCAUUUCAGGCAAAAUUCCUGAUAACAUUGGCGACUUAAAAAGCCUUGAGUAUUUGGAUCUCUCAGACAAUCUGUUUUUCUCAGCUUUACCACCAGGGAUUGGGAAGUUGGCAAAUUUAAAGAACCUGUCAUUAGCAGGCAACAACUUCUCUGGCUCAAUUCCAGACUCAAUUUCGGGGUUAGAAUCAAUCCAGUCUUUAGAUUUCAGUCGCAACUCCUUUUCUGGUGAUAUGGCAGCAUCAUUGACAAAACUGACUAAUUUGGUAUCCCUUAAUUUAUCGCUAAAUGGGUUUGAAAGUAAAAUUCCAAAAGGUUUUGAGCUGCUUUCAAAACUUGAAAUUCUUGACUUGCAUGGGAAUAUGCUCAGUGGUCAUCUGGAUGAGGAAUUCUUGCGAUUUUCAAGUGCCAUUCAUGUUGACUUUAGUGGGAAUAUGCUAGUAAAUUCUGGUUUGCAGAAACAGAAUUUUUUAUCCGGUAUUUCUUCAACUGUUACGUAUUUAAAUCUUAGCCAUAACCAGCUUAUGGGAUCACUUGUAAGUGGAGGUGGACCACUGGAACUUGCUAACUUGAAGGUGUUGGAUUUGAGCUACAAUCAACUAUCUGGAGAAUUACCUGGAUUUAAUUUUCUGUAUGCCCUCGAGGUCCUCAAGCUCAGCAACAACAGAUUUACUGGGUUUAUCCCCAAUGACCUGCUGAAAGGAGAUCCUUUGGUUCUAACUGAAUUGGAUUUGAGUGCCAACAAUCUUUCAGGGCUGAUAAAUAUGAUCACAUCAACAACUUUGAACAUCCUUAAUCUCUCCUCAAAUGGGCUCUCAGGAGAGCUUCCACUGCUGACUGGCAGCUGCACUGUACUGGACCUGUCAAAUAAUGAGUUUGAGGGAAACUUAACUAAAUUGUUGAAAUGGGGAAAUAUUGAAUUUCUGGAUCUCAGUCAGAAUCGUUUGACAGGAGCUUUCCCUGAGGAAACCUCACAAUUUCUCCGCCUAAAUUACCUCAACCUCUCCCAUAAUUCUCUUAGGAGUUCUCUCCCAAAAGUUCUAACACUGUAUCCCAAGCUUAGAGUCCUUGAUCUUAGUUCUAACCAGUUUGAUGGGCCGCUUUUGGCUGAUCUGUUAACAUUGCCCACAUUGCAAGAACUCUACCUUGAGAACAAUUUAUUCGCUGGUGCGAUUGAGUUUUCUCCUCCCUCAGUCAAUUCUAGUCUAAAGUUUCUAGAUCUCUCUCAAAACCAUCUUAAUGGCUAUUUUCCUGAUCAAUUUGGUUCAUUAACAGCACUUCAAAGGCUCAAUCUUGCUGCAAACAAUCUAUCCGGUUCUCUGCCAGCAUCCAUGUCUGAGAUGAACUCCCUAAGUUCAUUAGACAUAUCCCAAAAUAAUUUCACAGGUCCUUUACCAAACAAUUUUUCUAACAGCCUUGAAAGCUUUAAUGCAUCAUACAACGAUCUUUCUGGGACUGUUCCAGAAAACCUGAGGAAGUUCCCUAGUUCUUCUUUCUUCCCUGGAAAUAGUGGAUUGCAUUUACCUGGUGGUCCUCCUGGGUCAACUACUUCUCCAUCAGGUUUUUCCAAGAGGAAGCCAAUCAAAACUAUUAUCAAGGUGGUGAUAAUAGUUUCUUGUGUGGUUGCUGUUCUCAUUUUUAUCCUGCUUGCCAUCUUCAUACACUAUUUUCGUCUAUCAAGGAGAUCCACGCAGGAACAUGUUACAAGGAAAGACAUCCACAAAGGGGCUCCACAGAAUCCCUCUGGCUUCAAUGGAAGAGAAAGUGGUGGUGCUUUGGUUGUUUCAGCUGAGGAUCUUUUGGCUUCACGGAAGGGAUCGUCUUCUGAGAUAAUUAGCUCUGAUGAGAAAAUGGCAGUGGUAACUGGCUUCUCUCCGUCAAAAACCAGCCAAUUAUCUUGGUCCCCAGAGUCUGGUGAUUCAUUUACUGCCGAAAACCUUGCAAGACUUGAUGUGAGGUCGCCAGAUCAGUUGGCUGGUGAGCUGCAUUUUCUUGAUGAUACAAUCACAUUGACACCUGAGGAGCUGUCAAGGGCCCCUGCUGAAGUGUUGGGUAGGAGCAGCCAUGGAACUUCGUAUAGGGCAACAUUGGAGAAUGGCGUCUUCUUGACUGUGAAGUGGUUGAGAGAAGGGGUGGCAAAAGAGAGAAAGGAGUUUGCUAAGGAGGCAAAAAAAUUUGCAAACAUCAGGCAUCCAAAUGUGGUUGGGUUGAGAGGAUACUAUUGGGGACCUACACAACAUGAGAAGCUCAUUCUUUCUGAUUAUAUCUCACCCGGAAACCUUGCAAGCUUUCUUUAUGAUCGACCAGGAAGGAAAGGGCCACCAUUAACCUGGGCCCAGAGGCUCAAGAUAGCUGUCGAUGUUGCACGUGGCCUGAACUAUCUCCAUUUUGAUCGUGCUGUGCCUCAUGGAAACCUUAAAGCAACCAACAUACUGUUAGAUGGACCUGAUCUUAAUGCACGGGUUGCUGAUUACUGCCUCCAUCGCCUCAUGACCCAGGCUGGCACCAUUGAACAGAUUCUUGAUGCUGGGGUCCUAGGUUAUCGUGCACCAGAGUUGGCUGCUUCCAAGAAGCCAAUACCAUCCUUCAAAUCAGAUGUUUAUGCUUUUGGAGUGGUUCUGCUGGAACUUUUAACUGGCAAGUGUGCUGGUGAUGUGGUCUCUGGUGAAGAGGGAGGGGUUGAUUUGACAGAUUGGGUGCGAUUGAGGGUGGCAGAAGGUCGGGGAUUAGAUUGCUUGGAUCCUGCAGUGGCACCUGAGAUGGGAAAUCCAGCAGCAGAGAAGGGGCUGAAGGAGGUGCUUGGAAUCGCUCUUAGAUGUAUAAGAUCUGUUUCUGAGAGGCCAGGUAUCAAGACUAUAUAUGAGGAUCUUUCGUCUAUAUGAUUUGUUGUUAAAUCUAGUUUUACUAGACUUGGAAUUUUCUUGGAAUCAAAUAUCUCAUUGGGCUCCUGUUUUUUGGGUUUUUUUUUUUUUUUUUUUUUUGUAUCUUUUAGGUGUUGUAGUGUGAUCAGCUCAUUGUAUUAACCAUUAUUGUAAAAAUGGGGUUUUGUUGGGACGGGUUCAAACUAUCCUUAAAAUGUUUGCCAUUUCCAUGAUGAGC